AAGUGUGGAAAGUGCCGCUCGUGUUCUCCGGCUGCUCGGACACAGAGAGAUGGCGUGUCUGCUGGAGGCCCCGCUGCGCAUCAGCGUGCUGUCCGAAGUCACAGCCACCAGUCGCCAUUAUGUUGACCGGCUCUUUGACCCCGACCCACAGAAAGUCCUGCAGGGAGUCAUUGACAUGAAGAAUGCAGUCAUCGGAAACAACAAACAGAAGGCCAACCUGAUUGUGCUGGGAGCCGUGCCCAGGCUCCUGUAUUUACUCCAGCAGAGCUCUUCCAGUGCAGAGUUGAGGACGGAAUGUGCGGUGGUGUUGGGCAGCUUGGCCAUGGGCACCGAAAACAACAUCAAGUCCCUGGUGGACUGUCACAUCAUCCCCGCCCUGCUUCAAGGUCUCUUGUGUCCUGACCUGGUCUUCAUUGAGGCCUGUCUGCGUUGUUUAAGAACAGUUUUCAUCAGUCCUGUCACACCUGUGCAGCUACUCUACACGGACCCCACUGUGAUCCCUCACCUGAUGUCUCUGCUGAGCCGGUCCCAGCGCACACAGGAGUACAUCACACAGAUCUUCUCUCACUGCUGCAAGACUCCAGAGCAUCAAACAGUUUUAUUUAACCAUGGUGCCAUACAGAACAUCGCGCCUCUGCUCAUCUCUCCAUCCUACAAGGUACGAAUGCAGGCAUUAAAAUGUUUCUCCGUCCUGGCAUACGAGAACACUCAGGUCUCCAUGACUCUGGUGAAUGUGCUGGUCGACGGGGAGCUGCUCUCUCAGGUUUUUGUCCGAAUGAUGCAAAGGGAUAAACCCAUCGAAAUGCAGCUGACAGCAGCCAAAUGUUUAACAUACAUGUGUCGAGCAGGAGCCAUCAGGACGGACGAUAACUGUAUUGUAUUAAAGACUCUGCCGUGCCUGGUGCGGAUGUGCAGUAAGGACCGGUUGUUGGAGGAGCGAGUGGAGGGGGCGGAGACUCUGGCCUUUCUCAUGGAGCCGGAUGUGGAGCUGCAGCGGAUAGCCAGCAUCACUGACCACCUGGUGGCCAUGCUAGCAGACUACUUCAAAUACCCCAGCUCAGUCAGCGCCAUCACCGACAUCAAGAGGUUGGACCAUGACCUAAAGCAUGCUCAUGAGCUCAGGCAAGCAGCCUUUAAGCUCUACGCCUCUCUGGGCUCUAACGAUGAGGACAUUCGGAAAAAGAUCACAGAGACGGAGAACAUGAUGGACAGGAUAGUGAGCGGCCUUUCCGAGUCCAGCAUCAAGGUCCGCUUAGCCGCCGUCAGAUGUCUCCACAGUUUGUCGCGAUCUGUGCAGCAGCUGAGGACGAGUUUCCACGACCACGCCGUAUGGAAGCCGCUAAUGAAGUUGUUACAGAACGCUCCAGACGAGGUGCUGGUCAUGGCCUCUUCAACACUAUGCAAUCUUCUACUGGAGUUUUCACCCAGCAAAGAGCCCAUCCUGGAGUCUGGGGUGAUCGAGUUACUAUGCAGCUUAACACAAAGCGACAGUCCAGCACUGAGGGUCAACGGCAUCUGGGCUCUUAUGAACAUGGCGUUCCAGGCGGAUCAGAAGGUGAAGGUGGAGAUCAUGAGGGCGCUCGGGACGGAGCAGCUUUUCCGGCUCCUCUCAGACCCCGACACCAACGUGCUCAUGAAGACGCUCGGCCUGCUGCGGAACCUGCUCUCCACGCGGCCGCACAUAGACCAGAUCAUGAGCUCGCACGGCAAGCAGAUCAUGCAGGCAGUUACGCUGAUCCUGGAGGGAGAGCACAGCAUAGAGGUCAAGGAGCAGACAUUGUGUAUACUGGCUAACAUUGCUGAUGGCAACACGGCCAAAGAACUCAUCAUGACCAAUGAUGACAUGCUCCAGAAAGUCAAAUACUACAUGGGUCACUCGAAUGUGAAGUUGCAGCUGGCUGCCACCUUCUGCAUCUCCAACCUGGUGUGGAAUGAAGAAGAUGGUUCCCAGGAGAGGCAGGACAAGUUAAGGGAAAUGGGCUUCGUAGAUAUUUUACACAAACUCACCCAGGCGUCCGAUCCAAACCUCUGUGACAGGGCGAAGACAGCGAUGCAGCAGUAUUUGGCGUGACGCUGAGUGAUGAAGGCAGGAAACCUCCUGACUCAACAGUAGCUGAGAAGUCGGGCCUCCCUGGUUGUUUUGGU